AAAAAAAAAAAAAAUCAGGAUUUUAACGCCAACUUACAGUGAUCAAGGAGGCGUUGCUAAGCAACCACGAGUAGCGGUCUCUAACGGUUUCCUGUUGAAAUAAUUGGCACCUGUGCAGUCCGCUUUUAAAGCUGUUAGCCGGAAAUUUGUCAGUCACAUCAAAAUUAACGUUAGCACUUUAACCCAGAACUUUUAGCUGAGUAUGGCAACCAACAAAGAAAUAACUGGUCAUUGGAAAACCACCAUAAUAGUCAGUGCAUCACUUAAGAACCAUGAUAUAACAAGGAUGCUCAUCGCGCAGCAACAUCGUAUCAAAAUUUCAGACAGCAUUGAGUCUGGCUCCUUUGUUUUUCCUUCGUCAGGCACUGCCUUUUUGGUCCCAGAAAACCAUGAAGAAUCAGGACUCUUUGAGAAGACAGAUAAGUUUGUGCAAGUCCAUCGCAACAGUUUUCUUCUUCAACUCACUCCUUCAUAUGGGAAAAUAGGAAGGGACACCUUGUCAGCGAUUCAGCACAGAUUCCUUGGCAGCAAUCUCCGGAUCCUACCAGUGCAAAGCAAUGCUGAGAUUGUCAAAGGAAUGUUGGCAAUUGCCAAGGCCACUAGUAAGCCCCAUGUAGACAGCAUUCGGGAUCGGAUGUCUCUCGUUCGGACCCAUAUCAUUGAAAGCAGUCCUGUGUGGGAGAUGCUCAGGGACAAGCUUGGCUGAGCACGUUGACAAUACAGCAGGUCUGCACAAAGUUCUUACAAAGUCUCUCUUAGUUCAAUAUUAAAAAUGCAUGUAAAAGUCAAUUCUGAAUAUGUGAACACAUCCUGAAUGAUUUUUGGAAAAGAAAAAUAUAGACUUUCUUAUGCAUUUUGUGUUUAUUCAUUUGCCAAAC